AUGGAGCGUUUAACCAAGCCUUACCAUCCCUACGAUGAUCCUUCGAACAUCGACUCUGGUGCUCCGCGUUUCGACGAUCGCCCGGCAAUGCCGCCAGUAGCUUCUGUAUGGUCUUGGGAUCAUCUCCAGCCACCGGGUUUCAACCCCUACCUUACUACCCAGUAUUGGGAGAGGCCUGAAUUUCCGGCUCACAUAUCGUCGACAUCAUCAUCGCCACGAGGAAUGCCUGGGUCGAUCCCCAAAGUGCCCAUUCCGCGAACACAAAGCCUCAGUAGCCGUUCGGAACGUCGUCGGUCGGCGAGAGCCUGUGAGUCCUGCAGACAGCGGAAAAUCAAGUGUGAUGGGAACAAACCGAUCUGCCGGCAGUGCUUAGAGCAUGAUCUGCGAUGUACCUACCUGGACGUCAAACGCGUUCGGGACCAGAAACAGCUGGGGUUGUUAGCGAGGAAGGUGGAAAGUUAUGAGAAGUUAUUGAGGGAGGUUGAAUCGGAGGUCGAACCAUGCACAGCAAGGAAGGUCAGGAAGGCGUUAAAAGCAUCCGGCCCCCGAUCGUCCACAGAUGAGACAAGCUCCAACAUGGAAGACGACUCCGAGUCCAUCGGGUCACUGGAUAACAUUGAUAUGAUCGAUGAAGAUAUGAAUCGCAGCGAAAUGACCAUAGCAACGGGCCAUUUUGGGAAGAAUUCGGAGAUCUCGUGGAUGCAAAGGCUGGAGGACGAAGCGGAGCGUCUUAGUCGACAGUCGUCCGAGUCUGUCGAGGAUGCCACCCAAUCGAGUGGCCAGCAAUCACGUCACAAGCAAGUCUUUUCGAUCUCGACGCUGAGCUACCAUCUCGAUGAUCUCAGCAUCCCUUUCCUCCACUGGGUGGACCCGUAUGCGCUGCCGCCAAAAGAGCUGGCCGAUCAGUUCUUUGAGGCGUACAUGGAGUCGGUCCACCCGGUGUUCAUGGUGAUCCGAAGAUCGACCUUUGCAUCUCAGUGUCAACAAUUUUUCAAGCAGCCGUUGAGACCACCUCGAAGAUGGCUCGCCAUACUGAAUCUGAUCUUCGCCAUUGGAUGUCGCCAUCUCCGGUUUGUCAACGGUACAAAUGACAGCGAUAUGGAUGACUGGGUGUAUUUGAACCGGGCCCGCAAGUUGAGUCUGAGUGGGAAUGUGCUCUUUGAGCACGCAGACUUACAACAGGUCCAAGUGGAGUUUUUGGCUGCUCUGUAUCUCCUCUCAGUGGACCAGGUCAAUAGGGCGUUCACGAUGUCCAGCCUGGCAUUUCGAUCUGCGCUGGCGCUGGGGAUCAACCUUCGUUUCGCGGACGAUCGCACGCAGAAUGCCUCGAAGGAAGCACGGAGCCGCCUAUGGUGGUCCAUAUACCUCUUUGAGUAUCUACUCACUUCAAUCACAGGCCGAGUCUCCUGCGUAGGAGAUAGUCUCACCGCCGCACCACUACCAGUCCCGUAUGAGGAGGAGUACUUUACGCGGCCGGAGGCCUUAUGCCUUCUUCAGGACACGCCGCUACGAGCAAGCCGUCUCAAGAUGACUCUUCUACAAUCGGAGGAUGAGAUUCAGUCCAGCGCGGAAUGGUUGGCUACCUGUCCAACCAGCCCGUCGCUAUUUUUCUACUGUCUCGCGGACCUUACGACCAUCACGCAGGCUGUGGCGAGCAAGGUCUACAGCAUCCGGGGACUGCGAGAUCGAGCGAGUCAAGUCGAGCAACGCAUUCGGAAUUACACCGUGACAUUGGAAUCCUGGCGGUUCAAGAUCCCCGAGGCAUAUCGAUUCACAGAGCCACACAGUGACCGGCCCGCCAUCCCGGAAAACGGCCCUUUCCUACGGGAGCGUGUCUACCUCGCCUUCUUCUUCUACAGCGCCAAAAUCAGUCUCUGUCGUCCAUGUCUCUCGCACUCUACAACCAAGCCUGAUGAUCCUUCGGAACAGUUGAGCCACCGUGGACGCUUCCGCGCCGAGAUGGCCCUCACCUGCCUGCGGUCAUCCUGCUCGUUAAUCGCCAUCCUCCCUGACGACCCGGGCCUCAUCUGGCUCUCCCAGCAUGCACCCUGGUGGGCCAUCCUCCACUUCCUCAUGCAAGCCACUACCGCUCUGUUGCUUGGCCUGACGUUCUUCCCCAAAGUCGACGACGAGACCCGCUCGCUAUCACCGGCCCUCAGCGUCCCCAUCAUGUUUGCAUCAACCCGCAAAGCCUUCCGAUGGCUGCACGCCAUGAGUCACCAGAACCAGGCGUUCCGGCGCGCCUUCCUCUCAUGCGAGAGUUUUAUCCGCCGAAUUGCGCCGCGCCUGGGAUUGGAUAUUGGCGACUUUCCUGAUGGAAGCGCGUUAUCCCCCGUGACAGUGUUACCGGGGAAUGCGAACUUCGGGCUUUGGACCUCUGGCUUUGGACCUCUGGCUGCCUGA